AUGGAUGUUAUUACUGUUUUUGUUGCCCGGGCCAGUGUUGAAGAAGCAACUGACCAAAGCCUUACGCGAGACAGGCUGCAUGAAUUCCUAAAUCCAGUUGUUCAGAGCUACGAGACGACGUCUGGUCGCGCCUGUCUGUACCCUCGAUUUUACACCUUCAUCCACGAUUCCGAUCGGCCACUGCGCUCUGGGGGAUCUGCCUUGCAAUACUUCGCCAACCUCCUGAGUGAAGGUCAAGACAAAUGCUGUGAUGUGAUUAUUGUUUUGAACGGUUGGGACGCCCUGACCGUGGAUAAGAUGACAUUUGUCCGGCUGUUUGGCCGUGUUUCGAUUUUCGACAUCGAUGUGAAGGUCAAGGUCUUCGCCAGUCACACUAAAUCGACCACCCGUUCUCAAUUCUUCGACAUCAAUCCUAGUGCAGCCUGCGCCAUUCUUACUGGCGAACUUGAUCCGACAACCGAAAUUGCUCCCAAUGAUGACACACAACUUUUUAUUUCUACCAUGGAAACCAUCAGCGCUGAUAUAUGGCAGCAAGGAAAGUUCUUUGCCUUCAUCCACGGCCCAAAUGAGGCCUGGUGUCCUCGCGCUAGGCAUACGAUGUAUAUGAUGGAUCUCGUGGCUGAGGCCACGAGCCUCAGCUGCCCCGUGCUUCUUAUCAUUUCCGGAUGGAGUGGGCUCACAAAUUGUCCGCUAAUGUGCGGCAAGAUCUUUGGUUGGUUUGGGGAUGCUGGCGCCCCGGUGAUGGUACGGGUUUACGCUGAUACACCACGCCGGUUCUUUGACGUGGACCCGCAACAAGUGAAGGCCGUGUUGCGUGGAGACAUCACCCCUGGCGAGAGUGGAGAAUUUGACAAGCUUAUUUGUUGA